CAGCUGCAAGGCUGAAAGGGCGUCUUCUUCCAGUUCCGGCGCAGAGAUUGCAGAACGGAGUUUGAUAAUACGUGCUGGAAAAUGUCACAUCAGACAGGAAUUCAAGCGAACCCGGAGUUACGUAACUUCUUCGGGAAGUGUAAAGAUGGGAAAGUACGAGUAUUUAAAGUUAUCAUCACAAACGAGGAAUUAGCCCUGGAAAAACACCUCAAUGCCAAAGGUACAUGGGAAGAAGACUACGACAAAAUGGUGUUGCCUCUGAUCGAAGACAAUCAGCCGUGCUACAUUUUCUUCAGGUUGGACACACCAAACCAAAAUGGCUAUGACUGGAUCUUUAUCAGCUGGUCUCCCGACGAUUCUCCUGUUCGCCAAAAAAUGCUCUACGCCUCAACUAAGGCCACCCUGAAGAAGGAGUUUGGUGGUGGCAACAUCACGUACGAAUUGUUUGGUAACAUCAAGGAAGACGUGAGCCUCAGGGGAUACAGAAAGUUUCUGACAUCUGAAAAGGCACCGGCUCCGCUGACACUUGCUGAAGAGGAACUCAGCAGCAUCCGCAAGAAUGAAGCUCGAACAGACACAGGGGUUGAUGCAAAGCACCAGACGCUACGGGGCCUUCACUUUCCUAUGUCAGAUGAUGUCGUGGGAGCGUUGUUUGAUCUGAAGGAAGGCCAGCUAAGUUAUGUACAACUGAGUAUCGAUACCGAGAAGGAAGAAAUUAACCUGGAGUCCAGAGACAACAUCUCUGUGAAUUCGCUACGUCAUAAGAUCCCCAAAAACAGUCCGAGGUACCACCUGUUCCUGUUCCCGCAUUCGCACGAAGGGGAUCAUCUCAAGAGCAUAGUUUUUAUCUACUCAAUUCCGGGAUACCAGUGUCCAGUGAAAGAGAGGAUGCUUUACUCCAGCUGCAAGUCACCAUUGGUGGAAACAAUUGAGACAAAAGUAGAGAUGGAAAUUGCCAAGAAGAUUGAGAUUGAUGACCCAAAUGAACUAAACGAAGCAUUUCUACUAGAUCAACUGCAUCCCAAGCAGAACAUAUGCAAGCAGAUGUUUGCGAAGCCCAAAGGCCCUGCGAAUAGGGGUGCAAGGCGUCUCAUUAAAACGCAGCGGCCCGAGGACAACGAAUAAUGAUGGUUGAACUAGCAGGACCAUCCGAAAUGUGGUGACGUGAAUCGAAGAUUGUGAUUUUUUACUUACCCGUCAACUUUGUGAAAAGUGCUUCACAGAAUGCCCCCUAAGGGGCGGGCUACGAGUGGUUGUGGUCCCAAAUGGGUUUGUGCAAGAUGCUGGUAUGUUGUUUUUUUUCUCUCUCUUUUCUUUUCUUUUACUGGAGAGGAACGUAUUUUUUCAACAGAAGACGCAAACAACUUUUACGAAUUAUGGCUAAAUGGUGCUUCCUCUUUUGAGUUUCAGAAGUUUGGGUGUGGCAUUAGAUGUCCUCUAUUUUUUGUGUGCAUGAAUCAAGCUCUCACAUAGAACCGCAUGGUUUUGGUAUUUUAACUGUUCUGCAAUGAAAUUUCAUCGUGAAAGGCAUGUAUUGUGAUUUUGUAAACCUUUAUUGAUGUGUUUCAUGAAAAGGUGAAAACUUUUUGCUGCCUUUGAUUCUUAGAUGCCACAUUUAUGUCCUAUGCUGGGAUUACAGUAUUCAAGACUAAGGGCUUUGAGAGGAGUGUAUUUGUUUUUCUUCUCGUUUUAUUACAUGUGCAAAGUCUGUUUAGAUUAGGGAUCGAUAUGUUUUUAAAAGGAAGCAGACAGCUGGAGAUUAUGCUUUUGAAAACUAAUUUAUUUAUUUCCUGCUGUUAUUAUUUUUUUUUUAAACUGUGCUGAACACUAAGGCUUCAUUAAACACUUUUACUGUAUAAAA